GGCAAACGUAUACCGGGCUUAUCAAAUGAUUCGCGGGAACGGUAUUCCCGAGGAAAACAUCAUAGUUAUGCAACCGGACGAUAUCGCCAACAAUAAACUAAACCCAACACCUGGUAAAGUUAAAAGUGAAUUCACCGGCAGCGAUGUCUACCACGGAGUGCCCAAACACUAUACCGGAGCCGAUGUUUCUGUUGAGAACUUUUUGGGUGUACUUAAAGGAGACCCGAAAUUUGCUAAACUAGUAUAUUAUAUGGAAGCUUGUGAAUCAGGUUCGAUGUGGGCAAAUUUUUUGCCAAACAAUAUUAACGUAUACGCCGUCGCGUCGUCCAAAGCGGGUCAAAUCAGUCGACAGGCGUUUUGCUACUUUAAGCCCAACAAAGAUAUGGACUAUUGUCAUGCGAACGAACUGACCUAA